CCUAUCUUUCCAUCAGUCAAUCCACUCCACAGCCUCCGGAUACCACCACACAAGGAACCAAAGGGGCCUUCUUCCCCGCUGCUCAAUCCCCCAUAGAUGGGAUCCCUGCGAAGCAGCAUGAGCGCAGCGGUGGAGAGCGUGGACGCAGAGGUGGCGUGCGGGCUGCUGGCCUUGGAGCAGUACGGGUACGUGGACGUGCGGAUGUGGGAGGACUUCGAAAAGGGCCACGUUGCGGGUGCACGCAACGUGCCCUACUACCUCUCCGUCACUCCCCAUGGCAAAGAGCGCAACCCGGACUUCGUCGAUCAGGUUGCGGCACUCCACUCCAAGGAGGACCGGUUCAUUGUUGGCUGCCGCUCUGGGGUCCGGUCCAGGCUCGCCACGACAGACCUCGUUGCUGCUGGGUUCGCAAACGUGAAGAACCUGGAAGGUGGUUACCUUUCCUUGCUCAAGAGCACCAGUUACCCGCAGCCGCAAACAGCGAGCCUCCAAUGAUCCAUCAAUUGAUUCUUUGGAGUUUGGAAAGUUUGUUAGUGACCUGUUUGUGUACUACUAUGUAUCUAUCAUCCUUCGUCUUAACAAGAAGAAGCAAGUCCUUCAGCUGAGGCGGGCAGCUGGGAUUGAAUUAAUUUCAAAGGGAAAACAAAGCAGCAUUAUGUAUGUAGGCAGUGUGUGUCUGCCUUCUUCACACGCGGUUAGCCGCAUCUAUCACUUUCUCAUCUCGACGAUAGUGUCUCCCUCUCCUCAUUCGUGUAGGUCCUAUCUACUUCUUCUUCUUCAAGUGAAAAAUAUGUUUCUUCCUAUUCAGUUCAAUGCACAGGUAGGGUACACAUAUAAAUAUGUUUCUGCGAUGAGGUAGAUACUUUUCCA